AGUAGGCUGACAUGGAACUCACUUUAUGACAGCGAUGUUAACAGGUGCCGUUGUACUGGCCCGGUAAACAGUAUUAUCAUUCUGAGCCAUGUUGUAUAUCUUUCUGUCUUAAUGAACAAAUAGCAGGGCAAUAAAUGGGAGAAACGAAGAGGAUAAUGCAAUAUCAUACAAUAUCAAUGAUCGAUAACCCCCUGAAGCGACGCCAAAUCAGCCAAGGCGGUGAGAAAAGCGGUCCGUGCUGCCAGUUUUUUUGGCAUUUCCAAUCGCUGAGCCUCAAUUCCUGAUCCCGCGAAGAUCUCCGUCAAUAAUUCUUUCUUUCUUUCUUUCAUUUCUCAUCAACAUCCCAAUCCUCCCAAUGGGUGCUGGUGCCAGCACUCCGUCAGCUACACCGGCGGCGUCUGCCCCGGCCGCAUCAUGUCCCGUCGACCACAAGACCCGGGAGAUCUGGUUACAGCAACACAAAGCCUCCGGCGGCGCUCCGCAUCCUCUGCCGCCCUCCGCAGAUACCGCAGCAGAGUCACAAAACGACCAGCCUACAAAACUGCAGCGGCCGCUCUCAGUUGAUCGUGAAGUCAGCAGUAUUCCGCGCGCCUUGGACCCUGGAUCCAGAGAAUCCACUGGUCCCGCUGCUUGUCCAUCACCAUACGCUCAUUCCGCUCCCUCUGCCACCGCGGCAUCACACGGCACUCCUUCCAACGCAGAGACGGAAACUGGUCAUGACCCUGCCACGGGAAAUUGGAUUUACCCCUCUGAGAGACAGUUCUUUGAAGCGCUUCUCCGCAAGAAUAAUACCGGCACAUCAGUAACAUCUGCGAAGGAACUGGCUACGUCGGUAGCUUCGAUCAUUCCGAUCCAUAACGCUGUUAAUGAGCGCGCCUGGCAACAGAUUCUAGACUGGGAGAAGAAAGCGCCCACGUCGGAUCCGGGGAGCAAGAAAUGCGGUGGUCCCAAGCUCUAUUCCUUCCGCGGUCUCGGCGUGGAUCCGCAGUUCUUGAGUCCACGCGCGCGGAUCAAUGGAUUGAUGGGAUACCAACGGCCAUUCGACCGACAUGACUGGGUAGUAGAAAGAUGUGGAGGAGAGCGGAUCGAAUAUGUGAUUGAUUUCUACCAAGGGAAAUCAUCCGGCUCACAGGGCAAUGGCCAGGGAUUGACCAACACCGCCAGUCCCGGCAAACUGAGUUUCUAUUUGGACGUACGACCGAAGCUGAACACAUUGGAAGGAUGCAGGAUGAGAUUCAGUCGGUUUAUGGGGUUGUCGUAAAACGACUGUGAAACAGGCCCCCUCGGAUUACGGAAUUGGCACUAGAGGUAAAAGGAGUAUAGGCAUGUUUUGGGUUGAACAGUGUAUCAUGUAUAUGUAUAACAUGGCUAUGUACGAUGACUGGUAAAGGACCGACAGAUAACAAAGGAAAUUCCGCUCCCAUAGCGCGCCCGCAGAGAAACCAAGAGAA